CAGCCGUACAGUGAUUUUUCAGGUCAAAACAGUAAAAAAACGAUGCGUUUUGACACGUUUUUUCCAUGUUAUAACACUGAUAGAGGAAACAAAUCAACUCCUCUGUUUAGGCAUCGUAAGGAGGUUAAUGGAAUGUGCGAGAUUUCUGGAAAGAGGAAAAAUACCCGGAUUGAGCCCAGAGAGAAUACAUUCGGCUGGAGGAAAAGUGAGCACACUGUGAAAAGACCCUCCUCCGCCACGUCUGAACCUGUUCUGUCAGUUCCUUUCAGCUCAAAGCCCACAGAAGAAGCCGGAGGAAAGAAGGAAGCUUUAAUUAAUUAACGUUCUGCAAUGGUGCCCACCUUUCCUGUUCCUCUCCUGUUUCUACAAGUGUUGGCUCUACAGAGCGUUUGGUCAUCUGCUCCACAGGAACCGAAAGUUCAAAGCUCGCCUCAGACAGAUAUCUCCAGCUUACAUCACCCCACCUGGAGCCUGGGGCUGCAGCUGUAUAGGUCGCUCCGCAUCGAUGGUUCCCAGACCAACACCUUCAUCUCCCCGCUUCUGUUGGCCAACUCCCUGCUGGCUCUAGAGCAUGGAGCUAAAGGACCCACAGCAGGCCAGUUUCAUGAUCUCCUGGGGAUCACCAAAAAUGAUAAGGCUGUUGGAGAAGUUUUGACCAAGGCACUGAAAUAUGUGCGUGAAGCUAAUGGAACCAGCUACACAUGGCACAUUUCCUCUGCACUGUUUUCCAAACAAGCCCCUAAACUGAAGAAGAGCUUUCUGGAGAAGCUCCAGACCCACUUUGGGUUGCAGCAUGUGGCCCUGGAGGAUGCACAGAAACAGACGGACAUGGAGAAGCUCCAGUCUUGGGCUAAAAGUGGGAUGGAUGGAGAAGAGACAGCAGAUCUGGAACAGGCACUGGAGACCAAACCUGGAGCUAUGAUCCUGGCCAAUGCAUUGCACUUUAAAGGAUUUUGGGAUCGAGGUUUUUACCAUGAAAACCAAGAUUUGCGGAGCUUCUUGGGUACCAGAUACACUAAAGUUCCCAUGAUGCACAGAUCAGGCGUAUACCGUCACUAUGAGGACAUGGAGAACAUGGUACAGGUGUUGGAACUGGGCCUGUGGGAAGGGAAGGCCAGCAUGGUGCUGCUUUUGCCCUUCCAUGUGGAGAAUUUGGCUCGGCUGGACCGUCUGCUGACCCAGGAUCGGGUUGAGAAGUGGUUGGGGAAACUGAACUCCACUAGUAUAGCAUUAUCCCUCCCGAGAACUAAGAUAAGCAGCACCGUCAGUCUACAGAAACAGCUAGCUGCAUUAGGCCUGGUAGAUGCUUGGAACGAGACAUCAGCUGAUUUCUCCACUGCAUCAAGCCUGGGACAGGGGAAGCUUCACUUGGGAGCUGUGUUGCAUUGGACUUCCCUUGAGCUGGCCCCUGAGUCUGGCAGCAAGGAAAGUAUGCAUGAGGAUGAGGACGUGGAGAAGCCAAAAAUCUUCUAUGCAGAUCAUUCUUUCAUUAUACUAGUCAGGGACAACAGCACUGGGGCAUUGCUCAUGAUAGGUGCACUGGAUCACACUGAUGGCCCUGCAAUUCACGAUGAGCUAUAGAACCAAAGCACUUCACCCUCCAGCACUGACAGUUGGCUGAAGAGUCUAAAUGGCUGACCUGCGGGUAUUGACAAUAAACUGAUCUACUUAUCCACUUCAAAUCCACUGUCUUCCACCUAUUGGUCUUAUGUGCUGACACAUGUUACAUUGUACUUGUAAUACAGAUAUGAAAGAGCUUAGGAUAGGAUGUGAUUAAACUGAUAUAUAGACCGGCACUGAAUCUGCUCCCACCGAAUUCUGCAGAAAGCAUUGCAGAUUUGUACAGAAUUUGAAUGUUUUACUCAAAUUCUGUGUAUCCCUGCUACUUGUUUUUAUUAAUUAAAAGUUUGGGUUAAUUUAAUAAAGAUUUCAGCUGCCUUUAUGAGUGAAAUAGUCACAUCUCUGUUGAAAGAGGGUCACACAUCAGAUUAGAGAUUUUUAAUUAAUCAGUUUUGGUAUUUUAUUUGUGCAUGCUGAUAUCUGUAUAUAUAUUUUUUA